AUGCUUGCCCUUGUCUCUGCUGGACUGCUGGCCCUGGCCUGGUCGGUCGACGCUCAGAGUGAUGACGCGUAUCAUCCGCACGCGGCUUUCGCGUUUAUUCGGACGGGGGAGCGGACCCCUACCAUUCACCCUGGUGCUCCCGUCUUGACUGCCCUGGGAGCACAGCAGAUGUACCGCCUGGGACAGAACUUGCGAACACGAUACAUCGACGGAGCAGACGCCAGCCAUGAUGAUCUGGGCAUCCAACACAUCGAUGGGCUGUCGACCAAUGUUCUGGACAACGACCAGAUCUUAGUCCGCACCCUGGACUCGCAGUAUCUCGUCGCCUCGGCGCAGGCGUUGAUGCAGGGCUUGUAUCCUCCGUACUCGCUGUCGAAUGCGACGGGCGAUGCGGCGGACUUGCUGGCGGAUGGGUCGGCGAUUGAUUAUCCUCUUGGGGGGUACCAGCACGCGAAUAUUCAGUCCAAGGGCGCGCUCGAUCCGCAGUCGAUAUUUGUCCAGGGCGAUCAGAACUGUCCGUAUGCGCAGAGCGACGCGCAGAAGUGGUUCGUGACGGAGCAAUUCAAGAACUCGAAGACGAUAAACGACGAGCUAUACAAGGAGCUGGAUUUAGAUUGGUCUGGGGCGAAUCUAGACGAGUAUGAGAGCGACUUUACAUACGCUAUCAAACGCUUCGACUACCUUUCCUACCAGUAUGCGCACGACCGCAGUGUCUACCAGUCGCUGGCCAACGAUACACCGAACGCCGGCGUGUACGAUACCCUGCAAAGCCUCGCCGACGAAGAAGCAUGGCACCUUUGGGGCAACGUCUCGGACUCGUCCAACACCACGUCCUUGCGUGCUACAGGUGGUAGAACACUUGCCGCAUCCAUACUCUCUCAGUUCCAGAAGAUCAUCACCGACCGCAUGGGCCAGGGUAACAAGACAGACACCCCCAACCCAAUCACGCUCCUGUUCGGCGAGAUAGAACCCUUCAUCUCCCUCAUCUCGCUCAUGAUGCUCGACAAGCGCGACCCGGAAUUCCGCGCUAUGCCGUCCUUUGGCUCAGCCAUGCUCUUCGAGUUGUUCAGCACUGGAUCGAAUGCCUCGUUCCCCGCGAGUGAAGACGAUCUGUCGGUGAGGUUCUACUACCAUAACAGCACCGGGUACCCGAAGCAGCUGGUGUCGUACCCGAUGUUUGGGAACGAGUCCACCAAGACGGACAUGUCGUGGUCGGAAUUCAAGAGCGCGUUUCAAGGCAUCAUGGUAGAGACGUUGAAGGAGUGGUGCGACGUGUGCGCCAGCCCGAGUCUGUUCUGCCGGGUUGCGGAUAAGGAUGAUGUGCUCGUUAUGUCGACACCACACGGUGCGGCGGGUCUAUCCCCUACGAUCGCCGGUGUCAUCGGCGCAAUGGUUACACUUGGCGUGGCGUCGAUACUGUUUGCGCUCGCGAUGCUGGUCGGUGGUGUGCGUCUGCAUCGCGUGCAUAAAGGUGAGAAAUCCGAGCUGGGUGGCUUCAAGGGCUCGGCAAAGCUGGCAUCUGAUGCCGACGUCGGAAACGCAAACGGAGGAGCGCCUCCUGCAGCGGGAAUUGUAGGCUAUGGUGGAGGACCUAAGAGGGGACACGAGAGGGUUGGCAGCUGGGAGUUGCGACAGAAAGAGUUUGGCACUGACCUGGCGGACAGUCCUCGGGAGAGCUACGAUGCUAUCGACGACGUUGCGACGCGGCCUGUGCAGGCGCAUCACAGGGUGUGA